AUGCGGUAUACAGAUCAUGUUAAUGUAACAGCCGGCGGCACACGGCUUCCUCUAGCCGGAUUCCCCGCGCCAAGGGCGGCUGUCCUAAUGUGUUCAGCGGCCAUGGGCGCAGAGGGUUCCGUAACAUUGCAACUGAGGGAGGCCGAAGGUCCAGCGGACGCCGCAGCCCUUGGUUUCGGAGGUGUCUUGGCCCGCUUGCAAGACGACUCGGAUGCUGACCUUUUGGCGGACAUGCUGGGCACACUGCACGCAGCCGGUGUUGUUGAUGCAGAAGGUGGCGGCACUGCUUCUUUUGGCAUCUUAGAGGCAUGUCCUGAUCAGGAAUUGGCCAUCAUCGGCAGUCCUGCUGAACCUGAACAAGCAAGUAGCACGGCGGAACCGGUAGCAACCACAACAACUACGACGGAGACGGCUCGAAUUCAGGCGGCGAAGAGGCCGAGGCCGAAGGCUGCCUCGCCGACGAGGCAAGGACCGCAACAGUGCCAGAUGUGCAGCAAAGUUUUUGGAAACGCUUCUGCUCUGGCAAAGCACAAACUGACACAUAGUGAUGAGCGCAAAUACGUUUGUACUAUGUGCGCUAAAGCAUUCAAAAGACAAGACCAUCUAAAUGGUCAUAUGUUAACGCACCGGAACAAGAAACCCUAUGAAUGUAAGGCUGAAGGUUGCGGCAAAUCCUACUGCGAUGCACGGUCAUUGCGGCGUCAUCGCGAGAACCAUCAUGGUUCCUCAACGGCAACAGAUGGUUCAAGUGGAAAUCAGAGUGCGGUUAGUGGUGAUGCAUCAUCACCUCAUGGUUCUUCCUGCAUCCAGUACGUGGCUUCUCCAACUCAGUCUGGUCAUCGGACAGCAACAGUAAGCCACCGCAGCAGCACAAAUCAUACACAUUCACGUAGUAAUUCCACAAGCUCGACAGCAAUUAGUGCUGGCGCAGGCAAUGAAGGUUUAACAACGCAGCAAUUAGAACUUAUAAGCCAAAUUAUGCAGCAGACAAAGCAGCAGUCAUUACAGCAACAAAAUAUUAAUAGAAACAACAAACCUCCAAGAACGUGGAAUAUGCAGACACAAUUGCAGCAAUCACAGAAAAAAACAAAUAAUGUGACAUCAACAACCGCCGUCACAAGUACCAACAUAGCAACAGUGAAAAUAUCCAACGGCAGCAACGGCAACAGCGUUCAUAGCAGUGUUUCUGAUACUAACAAAUCAGGAACUGUUGAUCAAUUAGAACCGAAACCGGUUGAAUGCAAUUUAUGUCAUCGGAAGUUUAAAAAUAUACCAGCUCUUAACGGACAUAUGAGGUUGCAUGGAGGUUAUUUCAAAAAGGAUUCUGAUAACAAAAAACCCGAUAAAAAAGAAUCAGCAUUGCCUCCAUUACAAACUGCAAGUCAAAGUGUUCGUGCUCUGAUAGAAGAAAAAAUUAUAAGCAGACAACAGCGCAGUACUGUUACAACACCCACAUCUACAACACCUCAGGUGCAGCAGGUUGCCCGUCAGCAGGUUCAACAGAUAAUAAAUCGCAGCAGUGAUUUUGCUGUACCUGCGACUCCUCCAAGAAGAAGUUCAGAAGGAGAAGCGCAAUACACUGAACCUACCACUACGACAACAAACAAUGGAAAGGACGCCACACUUAUAGAACUCCUCAAACGUGGAACCAAGCUCCAAGUAAAAAGAUCUCUGUCAGAUUCUGGUGCAUCAGCUUCCGUCCAACUUAAUCUGCAGCAGACAAAUACAACUGCCAGUGUUACAGCAGGAGAAGUAUUUACGUUAGCUUAUCAAAAUCCAACCACUGGAAGUACUAAUACUUUUUACACCGCUGGUGAUGAGGUAUAUGUCCAAGAUACUGCGAUGCUACUUCAGGCGGUGAAUUCCAUUCAGUUAUUGCAGCAGGAAACAGAUUCCGAAGAGCAGGAGACCUUACAAGAUAUAGCGAGCUUAGAAGAUUAUGCUGCAGUUUCUGCUGAUCUCGAUGUCCAAAGCCCUGAAGGUUUCUCAGCCAGCUCCGGUUGUGGGACCACUGGGUCUUUAUUCGCACCUGUGACAAGAGAACUCAGGGCUGUACUGGAUUCACCACUUCCAGAAGGGCUCGCGGAAUUAGGAGCUUAUCAAGAUCCUCCACAUUCGCCGAAAGAUCUUGCGGCUUACCAAAAAGAAUACCUAAUGUACACUGGUUCACCACCAUCGCCCUUGCGUUAUCCUUGUGAUUCGCCAGGUUUAGGCUAUCCCACGCCACCAGCAUCCCACGAAACUCAGGCUUCACAACAUUCGCUUGAUUUGCAACAGCAACAGCAACAUACAUUGGAUCUUCAACAAGAGCUUCAACAGCACAGUGCGCUCGAUCAGCAACAGCAGCAAAACACGUUAGACCAACAUUCGUUGGAAUUAGAACAACAUACACUUAGUUCUUUAGAACGAAAUAUAGAACAACAACAAAGAUGUUUCUCUUUGGAAGAAGCAAGGCAAAGCAGCAGUCCCCUAUCUGCUGCAUUCUUUACCGCAACGAUGUCCAGCGCCGAAGAAGUUGAAGAAGCUCUAGAAACUGUUUUACCAGGAGAAAUGGAUGUCUAUGACCCACAAAGUCCUUUACAAAUGUCAUACUUGCAAACUGCUCAACAAAUGAUGAUGCCCAAUUCAGAUGAUCCACUAUUGUCAAGCAGCCCUAAAGAUUUUGCUGGAAGGAAAAAGUUCGAAUUUAUCAAUCGAAAUCUAAGACGCGGAUAUUCCUACGUGGAAAGUGGGUCAAAAACUGAUGAUUCAAAUAGCUACAUGUGUGAAUCUGUAACCCGUUCCCGAAAACGACCACGUUCUUUGGAAAUGUGGUCUGGGGACGCAGAUACAGAAACAGGAGAGAUAGCGCCUUGCUACCGAAAAUUAUAUUGUUCUAGACUAAAAGCUGGUCUUAGCGGGCCCCUGCAGUUUACGCCUGCACCUAUGCUUGAUCCAGACAGGACUGGCACCGGUCUGUUUAGGCAACUUGGAAUAAACAUUCAACAAAAUAGUGCUGAACUAGGAGAGAGUUCUGAACCAAUGAUUAAUAUCGGUACAGCAUACCAAGCAUCAAUACCUGAAUGUUCCUCUCUUAGAGAAAUGGAUGAUCCAAUUAGGGAGCAUUUGCUAUGGGAUCCUGGCAUAACCAACGAUUCUGAUGAACAAGUUGACCGUUACAUACGUUUUUGCUCCGCUCCUUCAUCAACUUGGAGCAGCGGCUCUUUAGGUGAGGAAGAAGCUUUACUUGAAUUGAUGAGACGCGGCGGCAGUACAACGGUAGCUAAAGCGGCACUCAUACGAAGUGGGGCAGGAAGGUCCAUUGCUGCUGCUAGUGAACCUACAACCUGGACGAGGGACGAAGUUGAUGCUUUCCAAGCAGGAGUGAUGCGGUGGCGGAAAGACUUUGGAGCAAUUUCCAGAGAGAUUGGAAAUAAAACUGUCAGUCAAUGCGUUGCAUUUUACUACAUAUGGAAGAAAGUAGCUGGUGACUACAAAUCCUUCUUUCCCACUCAGCGGGUUCCUGUGCAAGAAGAUACCAUGGUUACAGCACAUUCAACGGUCACUGCCAGCGGAGUACCAGCUGUAGUUGACUCCAGACCUCACCAUUGCGAAAUGCCUGAUUGCUCUGCAAGCUUCAGUUCCCGAGCAGCCCUUCAUGGUCACACCAGAAUCCACUGUAGUGGCGCAGGAGGGAACUCGGCAGUGUCUCAGCAAACAGCAAGUAAUAAUGUUAGUCAUACUGCAAAUGUGUGUACUACAACAUUGACAGGAACUUCAUUGCUGCAGCAGCAAUUAACCGCCCACGAUCAGACCGCGGAUGAGUACCCUUGCAGGAUCUGUGGAAAAGUUUUCAUAAAAGUAAAAAGCCGCAGUGCACACAUGAAAUCACACCGGCCGGUGGAGGCGUCAGAUACGAAUCGCUCAGGUAACAAGAAUUCGACCCUGGUGCCCAGGUCGCCAGCGCCGGUUCUACCUAUGUCCUAA